UCCAAUCCAGUGGAGGUUUCAAUAGCAGCGGCGCGGCAGGGGAGGGACGCACUGCCAGCACUCAGGAUACCCACUCACACACACUCACACACACACUCCUGCCCACCAGAGACCAGUUAAAUCCGCAAGAAAACUGCAAACACGCACCAGAGCAGUCGCCUAAUGCGUUUGAUAGGCACCAGCGGCAGAGGUGAAAACUGAGGGGGACUACUGGACACUGCAGAGGACAACUUUUGAUUUUUCUUUCAGAUCGCUUUAGUUGUGAGGCACUUUAAGAAGAAAAACCUUGGUGAUCACCAGAGUGGCUUUGCGAGCAAGAACCAUCCUUCAGACAACUUCGCCGCUUCAUAUUCUGGAAGAAUGAGGCAGUGUAAAGGUUGGAGCGCCGUUCUGCUGGUGCUUUUGGGGCUGGGAGCUUUGGCCCAGAAGCUGCCCACGAGAGACGAAGGACUCUUCCAGAUGCAGAUCAGGGACAAGUCGCUGUUCCACGACUCCUCCGUCAUCCCGGAUGGAGCUGAGAUCAGUGGCUAUCUGUUCAGGGACACACCCAGAAGGUACUACUUUGUGGUGGAGGAAGACAACACACCCCUGUCUGUGACUGUGACACCUUGUGAUGCUCCUCUGGAGUGGAAACUCACGCUGCAGGAGCUGCCAGAAGAGGCCAGUGGAGAGGGAUCAGGAGACCCUGAACCUCUGGACCAGCAGAAACAGCAGGUGACCGUAGACGAGGGGACGGAGCUCUUCACCUACAAGGGUAACGAUGUGGAGUCGUAUGUGGCCACCAGCACGCCCUCCGGCCUCUACCAGCUGGAGCUGCUGUCCACAGAGAAAGACAGCAACUUCAAGGUGUACGCCACCACAACCCCAGAGUCUGACCAGCCCUACCCGGAGCUGCCCUACGACCCUCGUGUGGAUGUGACCGCGCUGGGCCGGACCACCGUCACUCUGGCCUGGAAGCCGACGCCAACGGGCUCUCUGAUGGGCCAGCCCGUCCAGUACUGCGUCGUGAUCAACAAAGAGCACAAUUUCAAGAGCAUGUGUGCAGCUGAAGCUAAGAUCAGCGUCGACGAUACCUUCAUGCUGGCGCCGAAGCCUGGCAGAGACUUCAGCCCGUUCGACUUUGCGCACUUCGGCUUUGUUCCCUCUGACAUUGGUUUCGGAAAGGACCGAGGCCUCACAAGUAACAAGAUCUCACGGGCGUACGCAGCCAAGCCCAAAGCUGCAGACAUUCAGAAGGUGUGUAUUGGCAAUAAAAACAUUUUCACCGUGUCAGACCUGAAGCCAGACACGCAGUACUACUUUGACGUGUUUGCCGUGAAUUCUGCAACCAACACCAGCACGGCAUACGUGGGAACGUUCGCUCGCACCAAAGAGGAGGCUCGUCAGAAGACAGUGGAGCUGAAGGACGGCAAAGUGUCGGAUGUUUUCAUCAAGAGAAAGGGCAGCAAGUUUCUGCGCUUUGCUCCCGUGUCCUCCCAUCAGAGGGUCACUCUGUUCGUCCACACGUGUCUGGACGCCGUGCAGGUGCAGGUGAGGCGCGAUGGCAAGUUGCUGCUCUCCCAGAACGUGGAGGGUGUGCGGCAGUUCCAGCUGCGGGGAAAGCCAAAAGCCAAGUACCUCAUCCGUUUGCGGGGCAGCAGGAAAGGGGCCUCCACUUUGAAGGUGCUAGCCACCACAAGACCCAGCAGCAAGCAGCCCUUCCCUUCGCUUCCGGAGGACACGCGCAUCAAGGCCUUCGACAAGCUGCGCACCUGCUCCUCCGUCACCGUGGCCUGGCUGGGCACGCAGGACCGCAACAAAUACUGCAUUUACCGCAAGGAGGUGGCUGACAAUUACGGCGAGGAGCAGCGACGCCGGGAACAAAACCAGUGUGCCGGGCCAGAGACCCGCAGGAAGUCAGAAAAGGUCCUGUGCAAGUACUUCCACAGCCCGAACCUGCAGAAAGCUGUGACUACAGAGACCAUCACAGGUCUGGAGCCGGGCAAGACCUACCUGCUGGACGUUUACGUGGUGGGACACAGUGGUCACUCAGUGAAAUACCAGAGCAAACUGGUGAAAACAAGGAAAUACUGCUAAAUGACUCUGCAAAGAAUAAAUCUAUUAUAAAUAUAUAUAUUAAAUAAGUUUAUUUAACUCUAAGUGAUAUUCUACUAAGGAGUGUAUACAGACUGACUACUCACACAGCGGAUGGGCCUGUGGCAGUGACUGAACUGUUUGUAGAGAGAGAUAUCAACCUGUAUAUUUAUGUUUACAUUUCAUUGUGGCACCUGUGGGUGGCCCAUAGCGUGAGGCGCUUUGUUACCUGGCUUGUCGUCUUGUCAUCAUGUUGCCACUGGGGAGGCGGAACUUCAAAGAAGAUCAUCUUUCAUCUCGUAUGUUUCUUUGUCGCUGCAUGACAUUCACCUUUGUCUGUCAUAUUUGUGCGUUUCUUCAGUUUCAAAUCACGUUGACUGGAGGAGAUGCGGUAGCUGCCCACAUUGUAUAGAUUUCUCACUGCAUAUUCACUACAUGUUUUAGGAGGAAUUUAAAUUAUUUUAUACUUUUCGUCUCUCUUUUUGAUCGUUUUUAUUGAUGACAAUAAUAACUGUUGCAAGGAAAUUCCAGUUUUAUGAGGAAGUUGUCGUAGUUCAGACAUUCCCUGAUGUAUCUCAGCCAGUGUUUGCUCUAGAGCCCAUCUUGUAAAUGUGUUCUGUGCUGGAGAUCUGUGUUAUUAUCACUGUAUCGCUGUGUGUGUGUCACAUGUACAGAGUUGUCCUGCCAAUAUUCAUGUACAUAAACACUAAAUAUAGAACAAGUAAUCCCUCUGUCACCCUGGGUGUCAUGUUCUUUUGCCGAGCAGUUAACAUCACAGUCGUGGCUCGGAGAUGAAAGAGCACACUGUGCAUUGUGUUUAUAGACUCUUACAUUGGGGCUGCAGAAGCAGAACCUGAUACUAGCAAUUUGAAAUGAUCCUAAAAAUGAUUUGUGACAAGCAAAGACCGACAGAGGACAAAUUAUUCCCUGGAAAUAACUUUUAAGACCUCUUGUCUAAGAUCACACAAGUGGUGGCUUAACUCCGCUGGAAGCAUUUUACCUCUUGGCGCCAUCAUUUGCAAUCAGCCCGGUGUCUCAGUGACAUGCAUUCUCA